AUUUAGAGCAUGAAAUAGCUUGAACAAGAAGCCGGGAUCAUGGCGGCACCGCUCGGGCGGGACACUCUACCUGACCACUGGUCCUAUGGAGUUUAUCGAGAUGGUAGGGUCUUCUUCAUCAGUGAUAAAACUCACAGCACUACUUGGCUCCAUCCUCGAACGUGUGAACCUGUCAACUCUGGACACAUGAUACGAUCAGAUUUACCACUGGGAUGGGAAGAAGGAUUCUCGGACGAGGGGGCCAGCUACUUUAUUGACCAUAACCAGAAGAGGACAUCGUUCCGACACCCUGUGACUGGACAGAUAUCUCCAGAAAACACUGAAUAUAUUCUCCAUGACAAGACAGAGUCCCGGGGCAUGUCUAAGCCACUGCCACCGGUCAGUCAGAGGCCUCCCAGAAUGGUCAGCCAGACUUCCAAGGCAGUGACCUCAUCAACAGUGGAUGCCACCUCAGGGUCAAAGCCGCAGGGCUCUAGGAGUAGUGGCAAGGUACACAGCUUCGGCAAGAGGGACCAAGCCAUCAAGAGGAACCCCAAUAUCCCUGUGGUGGUCAGGGGAUGGCUCUACAAACAGGACAGCUCUGGAAUGAGACUGUGGAAGAGGAAGUGGUUUGUGUUGUCUGACUACUGCUUGUUUUAUUACAAAGACAGCAGAGAGGAGACGGUUUUGGGGAGCAUCCCCCUGCCCAGUUAUGUCAUCGCCCCUGUGGAGCCUGAUGACCACAUCAGCCGCAAGUAUGCCUUCAAGGCGAGCCACACAGGAAUGCGCUCCUACAUUUACAAUAAGAACUCUGUGAUUGGCUCGCAGGCAGAGCACGGUGGGAUGAGGACGUACUUCUUCAGUGCCGACACCCAGGAGGACAUGAAUGGUUGGAUCCGAGCCAUGAACCAGGCUGCUCUCAUGCAGAGUAAAGGCAUCAAGAGAGAGACAGUCACAGAGAGACCAGAAAUGUCAGUGCAGCAGGCAGUUCCACAGACCAACCACGUUAACAACAACACCAGUAAGAGCCCCUCCCAGUCGCGUUCAGGGAGCCUCCAGCGGCCCGAGAGAGAGGAGCCUCUGGAGGGGGAGAUCCGACUGAGCCAGGGGGACGAGGAGAGGUACGUGUUGGAGGCUCCUAGAAAGCUCAGCCAUCCAGCCACGGAGGUAGACAGGCUCUCCCCAGACACUCUCCCUGGCCCCUCACACCCCAGGAAUGGCCUGGCCCACACAGUCCUCGCCACGCUGCCCCCUGAGCAGAAUGGGAACGUUGUGUAUAAGAGGGGCUUUGUCCCACGGACAGCCACAGAGAAGCAGGUGCAGAGGAAGACUGCUCUGGCUCAGGUGGAGCACUGGGUCAAUGUACAGAAGGGAGAUCCCAAGAGCAACACAUCUACUACUGAGUACGCCCUCCCCCUCCCUCGGCGGACGCCUCCCCUGCAGCCUAAGGCCGUGGUAGUAGAGGCCUGCCAGACAUUGCCAAAGACCCCCAGACUCCCGUCUGGCGGUAGCUCCCCUUCGGCGCCCCCCAACCUGCCCAGCGACUACAAAUACGCCCACGACCGGCUCAGCCACUUCCGCAUGUCCACCGAUGAGCGCAUGGCCACCAAGGAGGGCAUGGUAUGGCAGCUGUAUGAGUGGCAGCAGCGCCAGCAGUUCCGCCACGGCAGCCCCACGGCGCCCAUCUACACCGGGCCAGAGUUCCUGGACACAGCCUCCUUCAGGGUCACUAUGGAGAUGCCUCGCUCCAUCUCUGUGCCCCCUUCCCCCUGUGAAGUCCCCCCAUCUGUCCCCACCUUCAAACCACUGUCCCCCCACAGGCCACACACCCCCUCAGACAGGGUGACGGUCAGGCCGCUGGAUGAGGUGCCACCUGGGGAGUCGCCCACCGGCUCCAGUUCUCCUAGACGGGUGUUUUCUCAGCUCUCUAAGACUAGUCAGCUGGAGAGACGGUCAAUGCCAGCCAUGGGCUACAUCACACACACAGUCAGCGCACCGAGCUUGCAUGGGAAAACGGCAGAUGAUACUUACAUGCAACUGAAGAAGGACCUGGAUUAUCUAGAUCUGAAGGUGGGCCCCAAGAGAAAAGAUCAUGUUACAGGGCGAGAAACUCUAAAAGACAGACCAUCGAGACCUGUUAAGAUAGCAGAGAGCGAUGUUGAUGUGAAGUUAAGCCGACUGUGUGAACAAGACAAGAUCCUCCAGGAGCUGGAAACAACGAUACGCACGCUCAAGGAAGACAAGGACAAGUUGGAGUCCGUGCUGGACGUGUCCCACCAGCAGAUGGAGCAGUACCGGGACCAGCCGGCCCACCAGGAGAAGAUAUCCUACCAGCAGAGACUACUGCAGGAGGACGUGGUGCACAUCAGAGCUGAGAUCUCUCAGGUGUUCACGGAGAUGGAGAAUGUGUGGAACGAGUACAGCAGCCUGGAGAGAGAUGUAGACUGGUUGAGGACAGCUCUGGAGGGCCAGAUGGACCGCAGUGGUCUCUCUCAGAAGGAGAAGUCCCAGAUCAAGAGGGAGUUGUGGAGGAUUGAAGACGUAAUAGCAGGCCUCAGCUCCAGCAAAGCCAACUACCAAGUCACCAUCUCCUCUGUGACCAACCCAGAGAGAAAACUUGUGCCUUCCGUGUCGCCGUCGUCAGUGCCUUCUCUGUCUGCCAGUCCCUCGCUCGGAGAGAUGAGACUGGCCCAGCAGCUCAGCCCCACAACCCCCACCUCCACCCAGCACACCACCACAGCCCUCGCCAUGUCUGUGCCAAAAUGGGCAGAUGAGGGCGCCCCUCCCCGACCACCACUACCUCAGCUAUACAGUCCUGAGGACCACGCCCCCACCGUGCCUCCGCUGCCCAGGGAAACCAGCGUCAUCAGACACACGUCUGUACGAGGCCUCAAACGACAGUCUGACGAACGCAAGCGGGACAGGGAGAUCGGCCAAUACAGCAAUGGAGACAACAAGGUGGAGCUGCACACCUUCCUGAGUGAACCUGAGCUUCUGGGAGUGGGAGGGUCUGGUCACAUGAGGAUGGGGGCCUUGGGGCAUGAUGGUGGCUACCAGACCCUGCCAAGCAGAGGGCCGGCUGGCUCCUCAUCCAGGCUAAAUCAGUCCACCAACAUCUCCUCAUAUGUUACCCUCAGAAGAGGAGCCUCAGCCGCCUCUGGCCUGAAGGAGAGACCAAAGAGUGCCUUGGAGCGUCUGCAGUCUGGGGAUGUGCUGCAGCAGCAGAGCAGGGGGAGGAUGAGUGCUGAGGAGCAGCUGCAGAGGAUGAAGAGGCACCAGAAAGCUCUGGUCCGCCAGCGCAAGAGGACCCUGAGUCAAGGAGAACGCCAGGCCUCUUCAUCACGAGCCUCCUCCUCCUCAUCAUCACAGCAACGCCCCCUUUCCGCAGACCUGGGCUCAUGGAGGCGAGAGCAGGAGUUUGACCUGCAGUUGCUGGAGCGGGCGGUGCAGGGGGAGGAGGCGCGGGGUGUGGUCCAGGGUGAGGAGUGUCCAGCAGAGCACAGUGAUAGACCUCGGUCCCAGUCAGAUGAGUGGCUGACCCUCCGCUCUACAGCCACGUCCACACUUUCCCAGGAGGUGGACCUGGAGACGCUGGACUAUGACCUGGACCUCAGCCGAGAGCUGGCCAAACCUCAGAAGGUGUUAAUCCCUGAGCGCUACAUAGACACAGAGCCUGAGGAACCUCUCAGCCCUCAGGAGCUGGAGGCUCGCCAUCGCAACAUGGAGCGCAUCAAGAACAUUCUGGCCAAGUCCAGUGUUCAGAUCCUGGCGGGGCCCUCUGUGGCAGUGGACCAGCCAGAGGUGGUGGGUCUGGACUCAGCCCUACUGAAGCAGGAGAGGAUCAUCACCAUGUCUUACGCCCUGGCCUCAGAGGCCUCCCUCAAGAGCAAGCAGGUCACAGUAGUACCACUGCACCCUAACAUCCCCACUGUCCCUCCACCACCUCCUCCACUUCCUCCUCCUGUCUCUCAGGCACCUCCCCCUCCUCCUCCUCUAAGCAACGGAUUUCACUUCUCGUUUGUCUAAUCAGAGCAAACAAACCAAUGCGCUUUCUGGACACUGAGGUGCUGUUCCAUGAUGACAAUACAACCUGGAUUCUUGAAGAAAGAAAGACUUUGUUUGGUGCUGACAGUUACACUGUUAUACAGUAGGCGGGUGUUAGUGAACAUUUAACCUGCCCUCAGUAGCACGCAGCAGGACUUACUCGCUGAUGCAUUUUUUUGGAGCUAAAAUGAAGUAAACUAUUUUCUUAAGAAAAUGUAUAUCUGCCAUGAAAGCUGCUGUGCAUAUUAACUUCGGAAGUGUGUAACAGAUGCUAAUCCCAUAAUAGAAAAGGUUUUUUACAUGUUAUUGCACUUUUAGCAUUAUACUGUAGAACUGAAAGAGAUCUUUUCAAGGUGAGAAUGUUUUGUCUUGCAGUGUGAUCUGAAUUUGGAGGGAACUUGUAUUUAGUUUUUUUUUAAGUUAAUGAGAGUAUUCACCAACUAGAAGGUCGAUAUGAACAUAAGGUACUGAACAUGUGUCAUGUUGAUUGUAUUUUUGUCAAAACUCAGAUGAUAUUCUUACACCAAAUCACUUGAAAUGUAAUUUGUGUUUGUAUCGAGCACUGCCAGUCUCUUAAUGGCUUGCCAAAAUGGAUUUUAUUUUUGCUUACAACAUUGGGAGGAGAAUAACAUUGAACAUAAUAUUUUCUGGAUGGCUUAGGCAGGUUGCACAAUGAUAAUUAUAAACAUUUUAAAUAUUAAAGAUAUUAACAUGA